GUCUUUUAUCUGACAUAAGCCCAAUCCAAAAAGAAUACAUAGUUAAAAAUAUAGAAGAGUUUGUUCAAAUGAGAGAUGCAACAAUGAGAGAUGCGAAAAUGAGUAAAGUGCAAGAGAUAGAAGAAGGACCAGAAGUAGCACUGCACACAUCAAAAGAAAAGAAAGAGCCACAGAUAUUCCAGGCAGUAACAAGAUUUGAAGAACAAGCACCAUUCGAAGAACAAGCACCACCCCACUCAGCAUCUAUAAAAAGAAGGAUAGUUUCAGCCCUAAAGAUUGUAGUGUCUGUGUCCUUGGUUGUUCUCUUUAUAGUACUAACAUUAUUCUUUGGCUACAGAAUGGAGAACAGAAUGAAAAGCACCAACAACUAG